AUGGUAUCUACCCUGCAAUCGUACCCCUACCCCCUCAACCCCUUAACCAGCCUGCACCCAGUUUGGGAUGAAAUUAUUGUACUGAUCUGGAUGAUCUGUAACCAGCUGAUAUCAAAAGAAUCAGGGGAGGGAUAUCUACUCGACGUCUCUGUGAAUUAUGAACCCUACACCCCAGACGAUUUAGACUGUUCGCUGGAUUAUAUACAUGUUGGUAACGAUGGUAACAAUAUAGAUCUGGAAAAGAUGACGUCAUAUAAAUAUUGUAAGACAUUAUACCGAGAGAAUGUUGUAUCGCGAUAUAAUUAUUUGUGGAUUGUCGUCAGUACGUCACGGGAACCUGCCAGGUUACAAUUUGAAGUCACAGCUCGACCAAAAGUUGAAUGUAACUCUACUAUGGAGUUUGAAUGCUCGCCAACACAAUGUAUACCAACAUCAGCUGUUUGUGACGGAACAGCAGAUUGUUAUAAUGGCAGAGACGAAUUCUGUAUGAAGCAAUACGAAGACAAUUCGUGUUUUUAUUGUUUUGAUGGCACGUGUAUCAACCCCGUCUUACCACGUUACCAUGACAACUGGGGUAAAGAACUGUGGUAUCUCUGUGAUGAAUACCAGCACUGUCAUGACGGCACGGAUGAGAGAAAAGAUAUAUGUUACCGUGUUGAUAGUCGAGUGGCAUCCAUGAUGUAUUGUGAACCCUCCAAAAACAGCACUGGUCAGUCAGUUCUAAUGUGGAACACCCUUCAAUGUGAUGGUAUACAACAUUGUAGAGAUGGUUCUGAUGAAUCCAAGGAGCGAUGUUCCGAUGGGAACGAGAAAGAGAGUAUUUAUAAACCAGUUUCUAUUAUAAUCAUCAUCUGUUUUCUUAUUUUCUCUAUCAUCGGAACAUUGGUAGCUCUUAAAGUCUAUAAAAGGCAGCAAAGAAAGAGAAUUAACAGUGAACUGAAUCAAAUAGAAACAACACAUCUUCAUUCAGAAUCAGAUACAUUAACUCAGAAGGUCUGUUCGAUUGCACAGACUACUGAUCCUGAUCAUUGUGAAUCUAUUAGUGAGGAUAGUUUGUCUCUGACCUCGUCCAAUCCUGGUACAUUGAAAAGUUAUCAGGAUGUGAAACUAGAGUGGGUUGAGCACCAGGAUGAUGGGACUGUAGAAUAUAUAGAUGAUAAUGGUGUUAGAUAUACUGAUUUAUAG